UUAACCCAAAAUUCUUACGUCAAAUCACGUCAAUAAACAAUAUAUACGAGGCCGCGACAGUAACAGCACUCUACCCUAAGGUGGAGCGUUAACAAAGCUACCUUUUACUCUCUGGUUUGGACGUGUUAAUUAACGCAAAAUGCUAACUGCUAGCUUUUAAAGAGCAUCGCAUCUAAUUCUAAAUCUCCCGAAACGUCCGUUUUUUUAAAUGAAUAAAAUGGUCAUAAGCUUGUUACCUUGACUAGAUUCUCCCCGCAUCCUUGGAAUCAUUGGCUGGUCCGUGGGGUAUCUGUUAGACAUAUCCUGAAAAGCAAAACAUUUUAAAAUGCGUUGUUAAAAUGCCAGGCAAAAUUAUUUUAAAGUCAAAGCUGCUCUUGCAGUUUUAAACGUUUCAGGAGUGAUUAGUGUGUAUGCCACCUUUAGGUGCGGUAAUCCAUGGAGCCACUAGAUGUCACCGUUGGGCCUCUAAUGAAACAACUCGUGCCUCUCAAUCUUUUCAGAUUUUCAUGUGAAGAUGUCUUCAUUGGUAGACUAUGAAGAUUCAGAGUCAGAUGAUGACUCUUUGGAUCAGAGAGCAGCAGGAGCAACAGAUGCCCAAACAGUAUCUUGUGGACAAAAGCAAGACAAUAAUAACUUAAAAGUAACACCUUGCCCUGGAAGUUUAUCCUCUGACUGGAAAGUGUGGGAAUAUCAGAGAAAUAUGUCAGAAGGAAGCAGCUCUUCCCUCCGUCCUCCCUCCCAGCCACAGAGCUUUACUAACUCUAAGAGAAGAUGUGGUGGUGCACCAGCAAAAGAUUGUAGAGAUACUGAAGCUUUGCUGAAUUUGCCUGAAACUCAGAGGGAGAUAGCAUCCCCACAGGCUCUCCCAUGCAUGCCACAAGGUUUAGGCAAUACUUCAAACUCAGCUAAGAGACAGCUAACUGUCCCAUCUGGUGUCAGACCGUAUAUCUCUAAGAGGAAGAGACUUGCUACUUCAGAGACAGUGGAGCGAAAGCACCCAACAGAUCAAGUCCUAGAGAAUCAGGCCAGAGAAAGCCUGAUUCUCUCAGAUGUGUCAGCAAGACUGAAACCGUAUCUUGCCCAAGAGCCCAGCGCGGCAGGAAUACCCAGGAGACUUCUGAUGAGCCUGGGAGGCCACCAGGGCCCAGUCAACACAGUGCAGUGGUGUCCUUUGCCCCAUGUCAGUCAUCUGCUGCUGUCUGCCUCCAUAGACAAGACUUUCAAGGUGUGGGAUGCAGCAGAGAGUGGGCGAUGCCUCAGGGUUUACACCUGCCAUUCGGGAGCUGUGCGUGAUGCCUGUUGGACCCCCUGCGGGCGGCACCUUCUCACUGGCUCAUUUGACAACACGGCUCUGAUCACUGAUGUGGAGACGGGGCAGCCGGCAGUGAAAGUGGACAACGAAUUUAAGGUGAUGUGUGUGGUCGUGCAUCCCAGCAAUCCGGAGGUUUUCCUGUGCGGAGGUUACAGUUCAAUGGUCAAGGCCUGGGACUCUCGCAGCUGCAAGGUGGUGAAAGUUUACAAAGCAGGGAUCCAGCAGACCUUGGACAUCCUCUUUCUGGGAGGUGGUGCGACUUUUAUAACAAGCUCUGACUGUGUGAGCAGAGACUCUGCAGACCGCACCCUUAUCGCCUGGGACUACCAGACCACAGCCAAAGUCUCCAACCAGAUCUACCAUGAGCGUUACACGUGCCCAAGCCUGACUCUCCACCCGCUGGAGGAUUCCUUUGUUGCCCAGACCAAUGGGAACUAUAUGGCAGUGUUUUCCUCCCAGCCGCCGUAUAGAAUGAACAAAAGGCGGCGAUUUGAAGGACACAAGGUGGAGGGAUAUGCGAUAAAGUGUGGCUUUUCUCUGGAUGGGACUGUCCUGGCCUCAGGGAGCUCCACCGGCUCUGCUCACUUCUACGACUACCACACAGCUUGCAUGGUGCACACGCUCCAUGCCCAUAGCCAGCCCUGCCUUUGUGUGUCUCAGCAUCCCAUCCUACCUACAACUGUGGCUACCUGCGACUGGGCUGGUGAGAUUAAGGUCUGGCACUGACAACCGAGUAUGGACAAAGAUACUCUAGACUUAAAAAGUAUCAGGUUAGCCAUGAGAUGGAAGACUGUAUUAAACUGAAAAGUCAUGUGUGCAUUUAUCUUCAAGACUAUAGUUUUCAUAAUCUCUCGGUAUAAGAUAAGAAGAACUUGGAAAAAAAUGCUGAAAGUCAGCAAAUCUAUUAUCUACUGAUUCCUUUGGAAAACAUUUUUUACACCAAGUAUCUUGCAAAGCUUUCAUAUUGUCAUAAAAAACUGACUUGAUUUCUGUCGCUUUGUGUAAAUCACACGUUAAGCCUUUUAUUCAUAUUUGUCCCAUCUUUUCACAUCCUGUAAUCUUGGUGGUUGAGAUGAAAUCAGUUAAAGUUACACUGUAUGAGAUCAAAGAAAGCUUCUUUACAGUUAACAGUUCAAAGAGUGAACUAUUGUUGUGGGUGUUAUCUCAAGUGGUAGGCGGUGGGAAAGUAGUCUAGAUGCAUAUAUGCCCACAAAAACAUAACCCCAGUGCUUUUAUAGUCCUGCCUUCCACUCCAAAUACAGCAAGGGAUUUCAACAUCACCAUAUUCUUCAAGAUUUUUUUUCAAAAUAAAAAUA